ACAGCCUCCGAACUGUGAGUAACUUCAUUAAGAUGGCAGUGUGACUCAGUCCUAGAAAUACUACAUAUAUUCUUGCAGCUCGUGUGCAAACCGUGCGUAAAGUGUAGUAGAUACAAUAGAUACGGUAGUAGAUAAUUCACGAAAGUAGAGUGAAAAAAAAUCGAUAAAAUGAUGCUGAGGAAAGGAAAUCUUUUUGUGAGACAUUUACGUUAUAUUACAAGAAUGUUUCACGACGAGGCCAUUACUAUAGGCAGCGAGCAAGAGACCAAGUCACCAGAAUACCAGGAAAAUUACGUACAAAUGAAAUGUCUGGUAGAUAAGUUAAAAAAGACAGUCGAGAAAAUCGUAGAAGGUGGAGAAUACAAGGCGAGAGAAAGACACGUAAAGAAAGGGAAACUUUUACCGCGAGAGCGAAUUAACACGCUUCUCGAUUCGACAUCUCCUUUUCUCGAAUUUUCUCAGCUAGCUGGUUUCGAAUUGUACGAUAACGAAGAAGUGCCAGCUGGUGGAAUCAUCACUGGCAUUGGUAGAGUAGAAGGCACCGAAUGCGUAAUAAUUGCGAAUGAUCCAACUGUGAAAGGGGGCACCUACUAUCCAAUCACGGUGAAAAAGCAACUAAGAGCGCAAGAAAUUGCGGAAGAGAAUCAUUUACCAUGUAUAUAUUUAGUAGACAGCGGUGGUGCCAAUUUAUCUAGGCAAGACGAGGUGUUUGCUGAUAAAAUGUAUUUCGGACGAACCUUUUACAAUCAGGCUAUUAUGAGUUCAAACGGGAUCGCACAAAUUGCAGUGGUAAUGGGCAGUUGUACGGCAGGUGGUGCGUAUGUGCCAGCUAUGGCCGACGAGAACAUAAUCGUUGGCAAUCAAGGAACCAUAUUCUUGGCUGGUCCACCGUUGGUGAAAGCUUCAACUGGCGAAGACGUAACCGCAGAGGAUUUAGGCGGUGCAGCGCUUCAUUGUCGUACCUCCGGAGUGACCGACCAUUAUGCCGUGGACGACACUCACGCCUUGUACUUGGCACGGCAGGUUGUAAAGGACUUGAACAGGCAAAGACCGAUGCACGUGAAUGUGGACAAACAGGUGGACAUACCGUUGUACUCUGUCGAUGAAAUUUAUGGUAUAGUCGGUACGAAUUUAAAACGACCGUAUGACGUAAGAGAAGUGAUCGCGAGGAUCGUCGAUGGAUCGAGAUUUCGUGAGUUCAAGGCUCAGUACGGGGAAACGUUGGUUACCGGAUUCGCGAAAAUUUACGGUUACCCUGUGGGAAUAGUGGCGAAUAAUGGCGUGCUGUUCUCGCAGAGCGCGUUAAAGGGUACACAUUUCGUGCAACUCUGCGCCCAGAGGAAGAUACCGCUUAUUUUCUUGCAGAAUAUUACAGGGUUUAUGGUGGGCAAGGAUGCAGAAGCCGGAGGCAUUGCUAAAAAUGGAGCAAAGUUGGUGACUGCCGUUGCUUGCGCUCGAGUACCGAAAAUUACGGUGAUGAUCGGUGGCUCGUACGGGGCAGGAAAUUUCGGUAUGUGUGGUCGAGCUUAUUCACCAAGGUUCCUCUAUACCUGGCCGAACGCUAAAAUAUCCGUGAUGGGCGGAGAACAGGCAGCGGAUGUAUUUGCACAAAUUACUAAGCAGAAACAUAUUCGUGAUGGGAAACAGUGGACCGUGGAGGAAGAGGAGAACCUGAAAAGACCGAUCAUAGAGAAAUUCGAAAGGCAGAGCAGUCCAUACUACGCCAGUGCUAGACUUUGGGACGAUGGUGUGAUCAAUCCAGUCGACACCAGAGUGGUAUUAGGUCUCAGUCUAUCGGCAGCGCUGAACGCACCCAUACCAGAAAGUAAAUUCGGAAUUUUCCGAAUGUAAAACAUGCGUGUUUAACGUUGAAAUCAAUGACCUGCAAUUAUGAAAGUACGACCCGACGUCUGUAGCUUCUUCGACGACAUUUCAGGCCAAAGAUAUAUAUAUAUAUUUUUUUAUACAGAGUUAUCAUCUAUACAUGAUUAUUAAACAUUCCAUGUAUAAAGUA